CGGAGUGCCGUCCCCCUUUUCCACACGUGUAUUUAUGUAUACACGUAUCUUUAAACGACGCCGCUUGUCCGAGGGCCGCCGCAGCUCCACCACACACCUGGCCGCCCCCCCUCCCCGUCCCUCCGCCAUCUAUUAAUGGGAAGUUAGUUCGUCGACAUGGCAGCUGCUGAGCUGUACUCCAAGCAUGCCCGUGUGUGGCUUCCAGAUCCAGCUGAGGUAUGGAGGUCUGCAGAGAUUGUCAAAGGCUACACCCCCGGGGACAAAGCUCUGUCCGUUCAGCUGGAAGAUGGCACGGAAGUGGAACAUCACAUAGACCACCUAACCAACAGUCUACCACCAUUACGAAAUCCUAACAUCUUGCUGGGCGAAAACGACCUCACAACCCUCAGCUACCUCCAUGAGCCAGCAGUCCUACACAACCUUAAAGUGCGCUUUAUCGACUCCAAGUUAAUUUACACGUACUGCGGCAUUGUUCUGGUUGCUAUCAACCCUUAUGAAAGCCUGCCCAUCUAUGAAGCCGACAUCAUCGGUGCCUAUAGUGGCCAGAACAUGGGAGACAUGGACCCCCAUAUAUUUGCAGUAGCAGAGGAAGCAUACAAACAGAUGUACAGAGAUGGAAGAAACCAGUCAAUCAUAGUGAGUGGAGAAUCGGGGGCUGGCAAAACCAUCUCUGCGAAGUUUGUUAUGCGAUACCUAGCUUCGGUCAGUAGCUCCCCUACUGAGGCCAACGUUGAGGAGAGGGUGCUGGCCUCCAGCCCCAUCAUGGAGGCCAUAGGAAAUGCCAAGACAAUACGAAAUGACAACAGCAGCCGCUUUGGGAAGUACAUUGAAAUCGGUUUUGACAAGAAGCAUCAAAUGAUUGGGGCUAACAUGAGGACCUACUUACUGGAAAAAUCUAGAGUGGUGUUUCAGGCUCAUGGUGAAAGGAAUUACCACAUAUUCUACCAGCUGUGUGCUUCUUCACAUUUACCAGAAUUUAAAGCCUUCAAGUUGGGGUGUGCCGGUGACUUCCACUGUACUAACCAGGGUCAGAGCCUCGACAUAGAUGGAGUCGAUGAUGCCAAAGAGAUGCGUGACACCCAGAGGGCUUUAUCAUUGCUAGGAUUCCUUGAAAGUGAUCAAAUGGCAAUUUUCCAAAUCCUGGCUGCUAUUCUUCAUCUUCGCAAUGUGGAGCUGAAAGAUCAGUCGGCAGACAGGAGCAGCAUUGUGCCAGACAACUGCCAUCUGAUGGUUUUCUGUGAGUUGAUGGGUGUCCCCUACCAGGAUAUGGCCCACUGGUUAUGCCAUAAGAAGCUCAAGACCACCUCAGAGACUUAUGUCAAAUCUGUGCCCAAAACGGAUGCCGUCAAUGGCCGAGAUGCCCUGGCUAAGCAUAUAUAUGCCAAAAUCUUCAACUGGAUCGUUGACCACAUCAACAAGAUGCUGAAACUUACUGCCAGACGGCACUCUUUCAUUGGUGUGCUCGACAUUUAUGGGUUCGAAACAUUUGACGUUAACAGCUUUGAACAGUUUUGCAUUAACUACGCCAAUGAAAAACUCCAGCAACAGUUCAACAUGCAUGUGUUCAAACUGGAGCAAGAGGAGUAUUUGAAGGAGGAGAUCCCCUGGACGAUGAUCGACUUCUGCGACAAUGAGCCUUGCAUUCUUCUGAUCGAGGCCAAAAUGGGAAUUCUGGACCUCUUGGAUGAGGAGUCUAAGAUGCCCAAAGGCUCUGAUGACACAUGGGCCCAGAAGCUGUACGCCUCCCUUUUAAAGCAGAAUGCUCGCUUCGACAAACCCAGAUUUUCCAACAGAGCUUUCAUCAUCCACCACUUUGCAGACAAGGUGGAGUACCAAUGUGACGGCUUCCUGGAAAAAAACAAGGACACGGUCAAUGAAGAGCAGAUAAAAGUGCUGAAAAUGAGCAAGUUUGAUUUGCCGGCAGAGUUGUUCCAAGAGAAUGAGAAGGCCACAACCUCUGCUGGCGGUCACCCAAAGACGGCGAGGCUUGGUCAGACUUUGAGGGACAACAAGAAGACUGUUGGACUGCAGUUCAGACAGUCGCUACAUUUGCUGAUGCAGACCCUGAAUGCUACAACCCCCCACUACGUCCGCUGCAUCAAGCCAAAUGACCAGAGAGCCCCCUUCAUCUUAGACCCCUUGAAGACGGUACAGCAGCUACGCUCCUGUGGGAUCCUGGAAACCAUCCGGAUUUCUGCUGCAGGCUUCCCAUCCCGACUGACCUACCAAGAAUUGUUUGGUCGGUACCGUGUCCUAAUGACGCAAAAGGACAUUCUCGCUGACAAGAAACAGACCUGCAAAAAUGUCUUGGCAAAGCUGGUCAAGGACCAGAAAAAGUAUCUCUUUGGCAAAAAUAAAAUAUUCUUCCGGGCUGGCCAGGUGGCAUACCUGGAGAAGCUGCGCUUUGAAAAGCUGCAAAUGGCUUGUAUCAUGAUCCAGAAGACCAUCCUCUGCUGGGUGACACGGAAGAAAUACCUGGAGAUGAGGGAAUCCACCAUCACCAUACAGAAAUAUGUGCGUGCUUACCAGGCCCGUUGUUAUGUUCAAAUCCUGCGGUGCACCAAGGCAGCUGUGGUCAUCCAGCGGAACUUGCGUAUGUGGGUGGCCAGGAGAUGCUUCCAGCAGCAGCGGUCUGCAGCUAUCACCAUCCAGUCCUUCUUCCGGGCUUACAAAGCCAGACAGCGCUGCCGUAAGUUGAUGUAUGAGCCCAAGGCUGUGGUCAUCCAGAAGUGGGUGAGAGGCUUUCUGGUCAGACGGCAUUAUAGACGUUCUCUGGCAGCCAUCAUCCUGUUGCAGAGCUAUGUGCGGCGUAUGAGGGCAAAGAAGGAGCUCAAGAAGCUGAAAGUGGAGGCACGUUCAGUGGAGCACUAUAAGAGACUCAGCGUUGGUAUGGAGAACAAGAUCAUGCAGUUACAGCGCAAAAUCAACGAGCAGCAUGAAGAAAACAGAGCGCUAUCAGGGAAGCUGAGUGCUAUUGAGAGGAGCCAAGUUGUGGCGCAAGAGAUACUAAGGAGAGCAGAAGAAGAAGCCAAGGCCAAAGCGCAGAGGGUCUCUUCACUGCUGGAGCAGCUCACAUUCCUUCAACAGGAGCUGGAGACCACCCGAAGAGAGAAGGAAGAGCAGGCAAGGGCCCAUGUGGAACACAUAGAACAGGUGAUAGCAGAGCUAAAUGCGAAAAACAGCCUGUUGAGCAAAGAGACGGAUGAUCUGAAAAAGCUUAUCCAGGAGCAGGAGCAACAAAUAAUGGAGAGCAGAACUUAUGAAGCGACCGCCAAAGAACUGGAGAGGGACUUGAAUGAGGAACGUUCUCGCUACCAAAGUCUUCUGGGUAAAUAUCUGCAACUUGAGGAGCAUCAUGAAGACCUGAAGGAGAAGAUGUCUCAUAGCAUGAAUGAAAACAAACCAGGUCACAAGAGAACAGACUCGAACUUCAGCAACUCAUCCGAGUGCACUCAAAGCUCAGGCUAUGUGGAGGGAGAGGACUGCUCUGUACAAAGAGAGGAUAUGACCCAGUCAGCAGUUGACAUACUUGCAGUGCUGCUGAAGCUUCAGAAGAGAGUGAAGGCAUUGGAGCAAGAGAAACAGUCUCUACAACAGCAGCUUGACAAGAGGGAAGAGAAUCGGCAAGAAAAGGCAAUGGAGGUAGAAGAACAGAGAACUGCCAGCAGAGCAGAACUGGACCUGGAAGCACUGAAGCGCCAGGAACUGGAGUCUGAUAACAAGAGGCUGAAACAGGACCUUAAUGAGCUGCGAAAGUCUCUGACAAAUGAGAGCAGUACUAUAGCACCUCCCAGGCCGGGCUCACUGCCUUAUGAUGUACUGCUGGAACAGCUUAACUCCAGUAGCGAGGAGCUGGAUAUGCGCAAGGAAGAGGUGCUGCUCCUCCGAUCCCACAUGGUCCGCCAGGAUGCACUCAAACAUAAGGACACUACACUGAGUGAAAGGUGGAAUUCAAAUCUUGGUGAAAUCACAUCAGAAGAUAUUGACAGAUCUGCUGACUUCCAUACAUUGAAUGAGGAUGGAGAGCUCUGGCUUGCUUAUGAAGGGUUGAAAGAGAGUAACAGGGUUCUGGAGUGGCAGCUGCAGGAGCAGAGGCGGAUUCACCGUGAAGAGUGUGAGAGGCUGUGUGAGCAAGUGCGCAAGGUCAAGGAGGAGAAUGAGCUGCAGCAGUUCCUUGCCAAUAGUGAUCUUUUGUCCCUGGACACCCGUGUUGAGGAAUGUCUCCGGCAUGAGAUCACACGCCUCACCAACGAGAACCUGGACCUCGUGGAGCAGCAAGCAAAGCAGGACAGAACCAUAUGCAAGUUGAAGAAACAGCUCAACAUUUUAACGAAAAGGGUUGAAGAAACUGAAGCGAGUGCUCCACAACAGAUCGUGGUACUAAGGAGGAAAAGUUCAGUGGCUGUCCCUCGCAAGGAGAAAGGCUUCCAGGGCAUACUGGAGUAUAAGCACGGGGAUGAGAAACGUCUGCUGAAAAAUCUGACAGAACUUCGGAAACUCCGCAGUGAGGAAGUCGGUCAAAUCAAGGGGUUGCCAGCAUACAUCCUCUUCAUGUGCCUACGCUAUGCUGACCAUAUUGAUGACCAGCAGAGAGUCAUUUCACUGCUUAACUCCACCAUCACCUGCAUCAAAGGGGCCAUCAAGAGAAGAGGUGACUUUGAAAUGAUGUCUUUCUGGCUGGCCAAUACAUGCCGGUUUCUGCACUGCAUGAGGCAGUACAGUGGCGAGGGGGAUUUCAUGAACUACAACACCCCAAGGCAGAAUGAGCAGUGCCUCUCCAACUUUGAUAUGACAGAAUACCAGCAGGUUUUCAGUGACCUGGCAAUCCAUGUCUAUCAACAGCUCAUCAAGUGCUCGGAGGACAUCCUGAAUCCCCUCAUUGUUGCAGGAAUGUUGGAGCAUGAGACAGUAGAUGGGGUUCUGGGGUCCAAACCAACAGACCUGAAGAAGAGAAGCUCCCACCUUUCAGAGGAGCAGGACAUCACAAUGGAAACCCUCCUGCUGCAACUUGACGUCCUCCACACUACAUUGACACAGCAUGGCAUGGACCUAGAGCUCAUCAAGCAGGUGGUCAGGCAGCAGUUUUACAUCAUCUGCGCCAUUACCCUCAAUCAUCUGCUACUGCGGAAGGGCAUGUGCUCCUGGAAUAAAGGCCUGCAGAUCAAGUACAGAGUGUAUCAGCUGGAGGAAUGGCUGGAAGAAAAGGAGCUGGCAGAAUGUGGUGCCAAGGAGACUCUGGAGCCUCUCAUCCAGGCUGCCCAGCUCUUGAAGAUCAGGAAGAAGACUGAGGCAGAUGCCCAAGCUAUCUGCACCAUGUGCAGGGCCCUCACCUCUGCACAGAUUGUUAAAAUACUGAAUUCAUAUACCCCGGGGAUAGAAUCUGAGGAGCGGGUUUCAUCAACUUUUAUCAGAACCAUUGAAACCCUUUUGAAAGACAGGAUUGAGUCGCCCAUGUUGUUGAUGGAUGUCAACAACACCUUCCCCAUCACUUUAACCUUCACACCUUCCCCUGUGGCCUUAGAGACCAUCCAGAUCCCUGCUAGUCUCAAUCUCGGUUUCCUCACCCACAUCUAAGGCCAAAGACCUCUGACACCUUAUAAAACAUUACAUAUUAAUAAAUAAUAUUUUUGCCGUCAGUAUUAUUUUCCUCAUUUGGUGUAAAACGGUUUCUAAAUUAGUAUAGAUCAAGUUUCGCAUUAUACAUAGAUAGGCCUGGGCAAUACAUGGAUAUUAUAUGGAUAUCAUGAUAAUAAGACUAGAUAUCAUCUGGGAUUUUGGAUAUUGUAAUAUGAUACGACAUACGUGUUGUCUUUUUCUGGUUUUAAAGGCUGCAUUACAGUAAAGAAAUGUGUUUUUCUGAGCUCAUUAGACUGUUCUAGCUCUUACAUUAUUGGUCUGCCUGUUUGGACACCAUAUCCACAUUACUGAUGAGUGUUUAUCAAGCGUCAUUAUGUAAAUAUCUUUUGAGAGCACCAAUCGUCAUCUCUACAGAGUUGUCAAAGUAUCAAUAUCGAGGUGUUCGGUCAAAAAUAUGGUGAUAUUUGAUUUUGCCCAUAUUGCCCAGCCCUACACAUAGUAUGCGUUAUACAUUCAGUUAGGGCUGGGGAAUCAUUCCAUAUCGUCAGUAUAAUUUUCCAAAAAGUGAAAUUGGGAUAUUGUGAUACAGUUUUGCCGUCAAUGAUAACGAGAAUCUACUAUCGAUAAUAUUCGGAAAGUGAGGUCUGAAGUAUUUGAAGGAGUGAUAUUUGAAAUUAGUUUUGGUUUGAUAUUACAUUUAACAUUACCGAACUGUUCAGUGUCAUGAGCCUAAAUUGAAUUCUUAAA